AUGGACGGUUCCAGCUCCUCGGCGUCACCCAGCGCCUCGCACGGUGGCACUUCCACGCUGGGCUCUGAAGUCGGCCGCAGCGUCCUCAUUUGCUUGCUCCGUCUCGACCUGCGCAUUCACGACAACCCUCUGUUCUACUAUGCACACCAGACGCCCAAGCCCAUUGUCUCGACCGCAGAAAAGACGGUCGACCUUAGCAAACUCGAAGAUGAAGCUCUCCUCGGCUCGACCGCCGAUUACCUCCUUCCCGUCUUCGUCUUUGACGAACGAGAGAUGGAGCUCAGCGGCCUGCCCGGCUACAACAGGAAGGGCCCAGAAGCCCGAACCAGAGAGUACGGUUUCUGGAAGACCGGUGGCUUCCGAACUCGUUUCGUCUCGGAGUCUGUUUACGAUGUUCGUUCGCGCCUUCGUAAUGUCGGUUCCGACUUGCUCAUUCGCUUCGGCUUCCCAGAAGAUGUCGUCUCCAACCUUGUCAAGGGCUUUCAAGCCGAAGGCACACACGUCGAAGGCGUGUGGCUUCAGAAGGAGAUGACGUACCCAGAGAUCGAUGUCGAGAACGCCAUCGUGGAAAAGCUCCAGGGCAGUGGCGUUCCCGUGCAGUUCGUUCACGGCAAGACGCUCAUCCACCCCUCCGACCUUCCCUUCGAAAGCAGCGAGACCCCGGAUGUCUUUACGCCUUUCCGCAAGAAGGUCGAGGCGUUGGGCACCAAGAUGGUCCGCCCCGUCAAGCACUCGCCCGCCAAGUUCAAGACGUUCCCUCCCAAUGUGCCAUCCACUCCCGACUACGCCCUCGACGUGUCGUACGAGGUCGAUGUCGAUGGUCUCGCACCUCGUGCCCUCGAGACCAAGGACAAGCAGGAAGGCGAGGUCUCGUUCCACGACAUUCUCCGCUUCCUUCUUACACCGCUCAACGACUCGCAAUUGCCACCGACACUCGAAGCGAGCGCCUUGCUACAACAACGACACCCCGCCUCGGCCUUCCCUCUGCGCGGUGGCGAGUCUUCAGCACUGGAUCGUCUCGACUGGUACUUCGUUCGAGGCAAGUCGGCCGACUCGUCCCGAUGGGGCAAGGCCGACCCCCCACCCGCCGCCCGCUACAAGCAGACGCGAAACAACCUCAUCGGUCACGCCUACAGCACAAAGAUGUCGCCCUUCCUCGCCUACGGCAGUAUUUCGCCACGUCAGAUCUGGGAGGCCCUCGACGAGCACGAAAAGAAGUUUGGCGAGGACCAAAACACCUAUUGGGUGCGCUUCGAGCUGCUGUGGCGCGACUACUUUUUCUUUGUCGCCGAGAAGUUCGGCCAUCUGCUGUACGAUCUGGGCGGCUUCGAGCGUGCCACCGAUCCUCGGCAGGCGGCCAAAAAGAUGGAGGAAGGUUGGUGGCGCAAGUGGAACCCGCUCAAGGAUGGACCGGAGCACGAGAUGACGCGUCUCCUCGAAGGUCGAACCGGUAUCCCUUUCAUCGACGCCAACAUCCUCGAGCUGCGCGAAUCGGGGUUCAUGUCGAAUCGCGGUCGACAGAACGUCGCGAGCUUCCUCUCCAAGGACCUCGGGUACGAUUGGCGCAUCGGCGCCGAGUUCUUCCAAUCCCAUCUGAUCGACUACGACCCGACGUCCAACUACGGCAACUGGCAGUACGUCGCCGGUGUCGGCAACGACCCGCGCGCCUCUCGGCAGUUUAACACCAUCAAGCAGGCGAAAGACUACGACUCGCAUGGCGAUUAUGUCAAGAUGUGGAUCCCGGCGCUGCGCAACCUGCACGCGGACUACGUGCACACUCCGUGGCUGCUGACCACCGAAGAACGCCGACGGUAUGGACUCAAGACGACCAAGAUGGACGUGACCAUCGACGGAUAUCCCGCACAACCGCUGUUCGAGCACGAGGGUUGGCAGCGCCACUACGAGCGCAAGCAGGGCGUUGGAUCGAAGAUGCACGGUAAUCCGCAGGAGAAGGUGAAAGACGGGAAAGUUCCACGACGUCAUCGACCGAGUUAUCGCGUGUCAGCGGCGACGUAUGGGGCGUUGACGGAUGGGUCGCAUGUGGAUCAGCUGUCUGCGUCUGCGGGCACGCUCUAUAGUGGGUACGACGGGAGUGGAUCGCGGAACGUGAUCCCGCCUCUGAGGGGGGCGAGUGGGUCGAUUGGCCCAGGGUACAACGCCCGCCCGCAGAACUUCCCCAACGUGGCCGGGUUGAACAUCGGUGGUGGGGGUGAGAGGUCCGGAUCGCCGUUUGGAACCAGCCCGAGUGGUCAGGCGCAAAAGUAUGCGCGAACUACAGCAAGCGGUGUACCCACCAACCUGCCCGCACCUGUCGGCCGAGCACCGGGGAACGCAUUCGACUUUGGCCCCGGUAGAACGGGCAGCGCGUCCAGUUUGGACCUGCCCAACGGCCGACGACGGGAUCAACAGGCCAACGGGUUCACGGAUCCGAUCUCGCAAUUUGCCAGUCCGGGCAAUGGUCAUGGUGGCAACGGAAACGGGGUACCCAGCGGCAACGGAGGGAAUGGUCAUGCACCACAGGCAGUGUCCAAAGCGGACCUCGAGACGAGCUGGCGUCGCGGCUCCAAGUAG